AUGGAAUGUUUUACAAAUGGAUACCAGGCACUCACAGAUCUGGAAUCCAAAGAAAAUCUGUCGUACGAAGGAAUAAAAAACGAUCUCGACAAAAUUAGUUCCGGCUGGGAAGAUCUCGAAAAAGAGACGUUGUCCACAUUAAAAGAAACCAUGGAAUAUUUCACUCAGUUGACGGAAAGUGAACCGAAAAAAUCAGAAGCUGAGACAAUUUUGACAAGAGCCAAGCUGCUUGAAGAGAAGUUUCGCACUCUGUUGGCAAGGUAAGGACACCAGCCAUGCGGUAUUAACUUUUAAGAAGACUUUGAAUGCCCCACCUGUUGACUGGAAGCUUAUCUAUAAGGGUAAUUAGGAGGUCACAGAUUUUAUUACACUUUGAUAUUUUCAGCGGUGCUGCUAUAUAAGCUGAUGACGAAAAAGUCGAAAAUUAAUAAUCGUCAAAAAAUCUUAACAGCUCUGGAUGACUGACCAAGAAGGCUUAAAAUCUGGUUAAACUACACUGAAAGAUUUUUCGAUGAUAAAGUUAUAUGACAACUUACGGGGUAAUUUUAAUCAGUUCCCAAUUAUUUGUUACCCAUAUAUACGUAAUCCUACUCAAAUAAUAAACUUUCUGUGCAUUUGGUUUAAAUUUGCCAGCUUUUCUCACUUGCUUUUCUGAGUCUGAUCUGAUGACUUGCCAAUAUGCGUUGUCAAUCAAUUAAGUAAACUUUUGUUCCAGGGAAAGGUUCCCAGCCAACAAAAAUUUAGCCUUCCAGAGAAUGAAACAUCGAAAAACUAGUAAACGAUGACUCAUCUGACUCCAUUCUCGGCCAUUCGAUGUGAUGUCCGUAUGUGAACGAGGAACAAUCUAUCCGAAUGAGUCCACUGAUAAAUGAUAAUAUACUUUCAGGCAUACAAAGAUUGGAGCGCGAGCAAAUGUAUAUCCUAGUCUUGUUGAAGAGCGGUACCAAUACUCCGAGACAAUGAAAAACAACAUUGUGACGCACGGAAGACGUGCCUGGAUUUUGUUUUUCAGUCCUAGGACUGAUCCUUGGUGGAGUCAUAGCGUGGACGGCAUGGAACAGCCAGAUUCUUCCUGCAGUUUUUGGUGUUCUGAUCGGGGGAGGUGCAUUAUUGAUAAUUGGCGGGUUGGUUUACUUCAUUUUUGCCGCUGUCGCGGAAAGAGGGGUCAGGAAAUGGAAGCAACUGUAGCAAGGAGUGUCGCACUUGCAAGAUACGGCUAA